AUGAAGAUCUAUUAUAUGGGCAUUCUCAAGAACGACGCCAAGCCGAUAGUUGAGCUUUGCGCAGUCAAGGACUUGAGCAGCUAUGGAUUCUUACAAAAGAAUGCUGUCGGAGAAUUCAUGACGGUCUUCAGCAAAGGCGUAGCUGAGGGAAUCAAGCCAGGGCAACGUCACGACGCCGAACAAGAACAAUAUGUCUUCCACGCAUAUGGUCGCUCUGAGGGUAUUGCAGGAAUCAUAAUUUCGGACUCGCAAUACCCUAGUCUGGUCGCACAUCAACUCCUUUCCAAGAUUACCGAUGAAUUUCUCACGAAACACCCGCGAGCGACUUUUGCCACACUUACACAAGACAGUGUCCCUGUUGGGACGUACAGAUUCCCGGAACUCGACGAAUACAUAAGGAAAUACCAGGAUCCAGAGCAAGCAGACAAUAUUAUGAAGAUACAGAGGGAGUUGGAUGAGACGAAGAUUGUGCUGCACAAGACCAUCGAGAGUGUCCUUCAACGUGGACAGAAUUUAGACAAGUUGGUUGACCAAAGUAACGACCUGAGCUACUCGAGCAGGCAAUUCUACAAAGGGGCGAAGAAGCAGAACUCUUGCUGUGUGGUUAUGUAA